AAUCACCCGGAACUUGCGGAGCGGCUGAAGUGGCCGGGAGAAGGAGCAGGCGGAGGAGGGAGAGGCGUGCUGCUGCCCUGAGUAGUUGGAUGUAUUUUCCAUCAUGGUGGGUGAAAGAAGGAAUGGAAACCUUGGGCCAAAACUACAAGCCUAUCCUGAGGAGCUAAUCCGCCAACGUCGUGGACAUGAUGGACAUACUGAAUAUCUGAUUCGCUGGAGCAUCCUUAGUUUGGAUGACAGUGUAGAAAAUACCACCCAUGCUGCUUCAACUGAGAACAAAAUGGAUAACAUUCUUAUGUGGAUGUCAGCAGAAGAAGUUUAUGCUAAUUGCCCCACACUAUUGGGCAAGAGGAAGCCUGAGGGGCAACGAGUAAAGGAGGAGAAGUCACCUAACGCAUUCCCACCUGAUGUCACAGUGGAUGAAGCUUCCCUGCAUGAAAUGAAGGCUGAUGUCAGAAACCUGGUACAGCGUGCUAAUCGACAGAUGGCCAGGACAAGUGGUCCGGAAUCCUCCAUCCUUAAUACUGUCCAUGUGCUCAGUGCUUAUGCCAGCAUUGGCUCAUUGACAGGUGUCUUUAAGGAAACAGGUGCUCUGGAUCUGCUGAUGAAGAUGUUAUGUAAUGAGGAGAAGCAAAUCCGUCGUAGUGCAGGCAAGAUGCUGAGAGCUUUGGCUUCUCAUGAUGCAGGAAGCCGAGCUUAUGUUCUUUUGUCCCUGAGCCAGCAAGAUGGCAUUGAACAGCACAUGGAUUUUGACAGUCGUUAUACUCUCUUGGAGCUUUUUGCUGAGACUACAUCCUCUGAAGAGCACUGUAUGUCCUUUGAAGGGAUCCAUCUUCCUCAGAUUCCAGGGAAGCUGCUGUUUUCUCUAGUGAAGCGCUACCUGUGUGUUACUUCCCUCAUGGACAAGUUAAACAGCACCACAGAAUUGGGAGGGGAACAUCAGGACUCUUCAGCCCCCAGUUCCACCUUUGGGGAAAAGAGCCGGGUACAGCGGGAGUUUGAUUUCAGCAUGGCCAUGGCUAACCUAAUUUCGGAGCUGGUCCGGGUCAUGGGCUGGGAUCGCAGCCAAGAAAGAGAACUUCUGUCUCUGACGAAUGCACAGCCUCGAAUUAUUCGAUCCAUCUUCCAGCCCAAGGGUUCCACUUGUACUGCUGUUCAGGUGCCUUUAGUAACUUCAAACCCUUUACCAAGAAAAAAACAAGGACAACCAUUUUUGACUCUGUCAGAUUUUUCUAGUCGCAGCAGCUAUGUUGAGUAUGUGCAGGAGAAUCUUAAGCCAGGAAUGACUGUGCGAAUGUUGGAAGAAUACGAGGAGAUUGAUGCUGGGGAUGAGGGUGAAUUUCGUCAGAGCAAUAGUGGAAUGCCUCCUGUACAGGUUUUGUGGCAGUCUACUGGCCGGACCUAUUGGGUGCACUGGCACAUGAUAGAAAUUAUUGGUUCUGGGGAGCAAUAUGAAGAGGAUGCUGCACAAGAAAAAGUAUCUAGUUUAACAGAGAACCUAAAACUACCCACAGCUACUCAGACAUUCUACUGCAAACCUCUUGGAGGACUUUACUGCCUACCAUACCUAAUGGAUCACCUAAAUGAGAAUUCUGGAAUGUUGAGCCGGGCUGAAUGGUGGGAGCUACUUUUUUUCAUUAAAAAGCUAGAACAACAUGAACAACAGGAAAUUAUUCAGUUCAUCCAGAAGAAUCAUGAAGAACAGCUGUUGGAACUAGAUGAAGAGGGCCUGAUUCAGCUGUCAAUAUCAGUAGAGUUGGCUCGGAAACUCUUGCCACUCUUGAGCAAGUACUGUCAAGGCUGCACCCAAAAUGACUUGCAGAACUCCCACAUCUAUCUCAAAUAUACCUUCAACAAGGGAGGGACAGAGCAAGGCUGCCAAAGUUUGGACAUGGCCUCUGCGAAAGAUCGUGGCCUUUCUGAAGCCAUGGUUUCCAAAAAGCCAAAGGAGUCACUCUCUACUGAAGUGUCUUCUCCAAUGCCAUCCAUGACAGAGAAGACUGACACACAGCUGAUUAAUGAACUUCUUGAAGUAGAAGGACUUUUCUUCCCAGACAUACUAGAUGAAAAAGCCAAAGCUUUCUACAGUGUGAAGGUGUCAGGAAAGAGGAACUCUUUGGAGAAGCUUGCAGAUAUUGUAGACAUAAUACAGAAAUCUAGUUCUGAGGUUGCACUACAGAUGGCUGGACUCAGAUUCAUUAUCAAGAUCUUGGAAGAUGAACCUGGUCAAGAAAGACAAAUUAUUAAAGUAGAAAGUGGGUCCUCAAUCAGAGAGAAGAUGGUAAAGAUGCUGGUGGAGCUGCUCAGCAACCAACUAAAGGAAAAACUGUUGAUGGUGACAGCAUUACGACUGCUUUAUGUGUUAAUGGCAAAGUAUGAUUGGCGAGUCCUUUUUGCCACAGAAGGCGGGGUGCGUGCUGUGCUGGGCUGCAUGCAGGAGUAUUCCACUUCAGCAUUGGUACAGCAGGCUGGCUUGGCCGCACUGAAAAUAUUAGUGGGUGCUGGGAAUUGCGAGCUGCUUGGUACCAGUGGGAAGUCAUACCCUCUGAAUCAUUCGGAUGCUCAAAUGAUGCGGGAAAUUUUUGCCAGCAUUGGUUCUGCUUCCAACAAAGAAUCUGAUAAUUUACUAUGUGUAAUUCGUGUUGCUAUUGAGAAGAUGUUGGCUACACCUGGAGCCUCAUCAGCAGUGCAGAAUGGGCUGUUGGUGUUAAACAUGCUGAUCAACAAUCACAAGGGCCUGGCAGAACAGUUGGGAAGCUGUGACCUCCGCUCGGUUCUGCAGAGUUGCUGCCAAACAGGCCAGAGUUCCAACGAGAUGUUGGCUCGGAUAGUGCUCAAUCGUUUGGCUGAGCAUAAAUUGCCAUUGAGCCAGGAAAAUGCAGAAUCUGAAGCCUCCUUUGAGUUCAAAGAUAUGGAUGUGCCGACCCUGCUGAGAAACCUCCAUGAAACCAGCUUUUCAAAAGAUGUGGUGCUAGCACUGGAGCACUGCCUUUGUGAUGAGGGUGUCUACCCUGAAGGAAAUGGAACUGACUUUUUGCCAGAUCAUGAGCACUUCUUGCUGCUAUUGAAAACCCUAGAACAGUUGGGAGCUGAAAAGACUGUCCAGAUGGGCAUGCUGAGGAUUUUGAAUAAGUUUUUGGAUAGUUCCCCAGAGGAUGCAUUGCCCUGGCAUGAGUGCAUCGAGCCUUGUCUGUCCUCAAUGAGUGCCCACAGUAGUGAACGGGAGGUUGUGCAAGAGUUCAUCCGCUUCCUACAUCGUUUAGCUACCACCAACAAAGACUGUGCUGUUGUGAUGUGUCGGGUAGGCACAAAGGAAGCUCUGACCAAAGCUAUGGACAAGCACAACUCCAACCUGUUGUUGGUGACAGAGCUGCGGGACCUUGUGACUGAUUGUGAGAAAUAUGCUAGCCUUUAUAAGAAGAUGACAACCAGUAUCCUGGCUGGUUGCAUUCAGAUGGUCUUGGGACAAAUAGAGGAACAUAGGCGUAGUCACCAACCUAUUAAUAUCCCCUUUUUUGAUGUUUUCUUGCGCAACCUUUGCCAAGGUUCUAAUGUAGAGGUGAAGGAAGACAAGUGUUGGGAGAGGAUAGAAGUCUCUUCCAAUCCACAUAGAGCCAGUAAGCUGACAGACAAAAAUCCAAAGACUUACUGGGAAUCUAAUGGUAGCACAGGUUCCCAUUACAUCAAUAUCUACAUGCACCGUGGAGUGGUAGUCAGGCAGAUGACUUUAAUAGUAGCUAGUGAGGAUUCCAGCUACAUGCCAGCUCGGAUUGUUGUGAUGGGAGGAGAGAACACAUCUAGCAUCACUACUGAGCUCAAUACUGUGAAUGUCCUACCUACAGCUAACAGGGUAGUUCUUCUGGAGAAUAUGGUCCGCUUCUGGCCAAUUAUACAGAUCAAAAUUAAGCGCUGUCAACAGGGUGGCAUUGACACACGAGUGCGUGGCAUUGAGGUGCUAGGUCCCAAGCCCACCUUCUGGCCCAUCUUCAGAGAGCAGCUGUGCCGGCGUACAUAUCUCUUCUACACUACCAAGGCACAUACUUGGUGCCAGGAAAUCAUAGAAGAUCGGAUGCAGCUGCUACAGCUUUUCAACAGAUUGAACAGCGCCUUGCGCCAUGAGCAAGUAUUUGCCAAUCGCUUCCUUCCUGAUGAUGAGGCUGCACAGGCUCUAGGCAAGACCUGUUGGGAGGCCCUGAUCACUCCCUUGGUGCAGAGUAUUACUUCUCCAGAUUCUAGUGGCAUCAGCCCCAUGUCAUGGCUACUAACUCAAUACCUGGAAAAUUUGGCGGCAGCCCGGAAUUCCAUGAGCCGAGCUUCCAUCUUCAAUUCCCGUGUUCGCCGUCUGAGCCACUUGCUGGUGCAUGUGGAUUCUACUGGCCCUGAACCUGAGGAGCUGAAGCCUCCUGUUAAAUCCAAUGGGAAGAAUGGUAAGAACAAGGAGUUGAGCUCAGGAGUUGUCAAGCCAGCAGUGAAUAAACCCAGCUGUAUGACAGGCAUCACACAAUGCUGGAAAGACGUAGUACAGCAGCAGGUGAAAUGUUUCUUGGAGUCCUCCUGGCAGGCCCCUGACUUUGUGGAACGAUAUUGCAGCACCUACCAGCGCCUCCGUGCUGCCAUGGAGGAGCUUUUUGGACAGCAGAUCUCCUUCAUGCUGGCCUUAUGCCAUGGUUUCUCUGGAGGCUUGUUGCAGCUCUCCUUCCUGACAGCCAUGCACGUGAGUGAGCAGUUUGCUCGUUACAUUGACUGGUGGAUCCAAAAGAGCUGGGCAGAUUCGGGUAAUGUGGAGACCCUACAAUGUCUGCAGCGGAGCCUGGAGCCCAUCCUCUUCCUAGCAGACCUGGAGUUGGCCAACACUUUUGAGCGGUUCUACCGGUACUACCUAGGAGACCGUCUUCUGUCUCAAGGGAAGACAUGGCUGGAAUCUGCUGUAGUGGAACACAUUGGGAUCUGCUUCCCCAACCGUUUCCCUCAGCAGAUGCUGAAGAACUUGAGUGAGCUGGAGGAGCAGCAGCAACAGUUUCAUCUUUUCCAGUUGCAGCAGCUGGACAAGCAUCUGCUGGAACUAGAUCAGCAUGGAACUCGUGAAGAGGAGGAGAAAGAAAGUGAGAUGAUGGAGGAGAAGCCAUUUUCUCAGAAGGAAGAGGCAGAAGUGAAGGUAUUGGCUUUGUCUCCACGCUGUUGGACCAUCUCUCCCCUUUGCUACCUUGAAGACCCUGCCAGAUUUUUUCCAUCCUCCCUCAGUCAGCAGCUGAGAAAGUUUGCAGACUUCUAUACCCAGAGUCGGAGCCACUUUGGGCUGGAGCAUACAAAGCCACAGCGUUUACAGUGGACAUGGCUGGGCCAUGCUGAGCUGGAGUACCAGGGCUGCAUCCUGCAGGUGUCCACCCUGCAAAUGUACAUUCUUCUGUGCUUCAACCAUGCUGAGGAAGUUUCUGUGGAGACAUUAUUAGAAGUCACAGGUCUCUCCCCUGUCCUCCUAAGUCAUGCACUGAAACCUCUGACAAAGGAGAGUGGGAUCCUCACCCAGAGGCAGAGUAUUUUGAGGCUGAAUGAGGGGACACUAGGCCAGGUGUCCAGUCAGCGCCUGUGGCUCUUGCCCAAACAGAUGUAUUUGAAUGUGGAAGAAAAUGAGAGCUGUGCUCUGGAGAAGAAGAGGAAUACCAUUUGCUGUCUCCUUGUCCAGAUCUUGAAGGAGGAGAAAGAGAUGCAUAUUGACAACCUGGUAUUCAAGGUGAUUGAUGCCUGCCAGAAACGGGAGUCUGGCUGUACCCAGAAGUUUUUGAACUUUUGCUGUAGUAGCACAGAUGUCCUCUCUUGCAUCCUGCAUCUGCUGAGCCAGGGUUACAUCCAACGCCAGGAGGACAGCCCACAUAUCCUGGAGUACAUCUCGGCAGAGCCCACCACACCUCACCGGGGCCAAGCUCAGCUCAUUUUUCAAAACAUUAAUUGCCAAAAACAAAAGUCGUCUUCUGAUAGAACCAACAGAUUGGAUACCUUUGGCCUUGGCACAGAACAGGUUCUGAUGGAGACAGUGCUCUUGCCUAUGGGACGCACAAUGAAUCAAGAAGAAGUUGAGCUGCUGAUGACCCAAACAGUGGAGAAGGUGUCAGAUACUCUAAGCAUGACUGCAGAUAUAGCUCAACAUCUGCUCAUACACUGUAAGUGGAAUGUGGAUGUUCUGAUUCAGCGCUACACAGAAGACCAAGACGUGCUGCUAUUUUCCUCAGGGCUGCAAGUGCGAAAUCCUCAGCCGCCUUCAAGCCCUGUCACCCACUGUCCAGUGUGUGUGAAUCCGCUGAGUGAAGCAGACAGUCUGCCCGUUCUCUGUUGCAUGCACUACUGUUGUAAGUCCUGCUGGAAUGAAUACUUGACUACUCGGAUUGAACAAAACCUGAUUCUGAAUUGCACAUGUCCCAUUUCUGAUUGCCCUGUGCAGCCCACUACUGACUUUAUCCGCUCUAUAAUUUCCUCCAAAGAGGUCAUUGCCAAGGUAAGCGGGGUAGUUGUAAAAUGCAGGCUUAGCAGAUUGAAAAACUGA